CGUUGUUUAUCAACACACACCGCCCGUCAUCAGUCAAGCCAAAAGCUUCCCACCCACUCCGUGACCCGAAUAAUCAUGGGUAGUUAUUGGACAAAUUGUGGCCGCAAAAUAAACGCUAGAAUAGUGCAAAAGUCCCCUCAUGUGCUAAAUCUAUCAAUUGACAACACUGAGCUGAAUAACGAAAGGUUGGCACGACUGAAGCUUGCCGCAGCGAUCCUAUUCCUGUACGCGUUCGUCAUCCUGGUAGCGGGGAAUGAAAGGAACAUUCUUUGGUUCCACGGAACCUUUGCGGUUUUACUGCUUCUGGUCGGGUUUAGUUACACUCGGAUUGUUAGAAAUGAAAAUUUAGUCCUGGUUAAAGAUUUUGCUCUACAGUAUUCAACCAACUUUAUUAGUGGAUCGACUAGGAAUGUCCUCAUCCCCAUAAAACACAUUCACGAUGUGGUGAUAAACGAAGCAUUUCAUAAUUUGAAAGUGGUGUUUAUUCUUACUGUUCUAACCAAGGGGAAUCUCUUCAAAAGCAAGCCGGCAAUCACUCUUCUCAAUCAUCUUAAUCCACGGGUGGACUGUUUGGAAAUGAUUUAUAAUGAACUACAUACUAUUUUAGAUUUGGAAAACGACUGAUAUUAAAUAAAGAAAAAUAAAAUACUA